GGUCGCAGAUGAGCAGAGAGAAAACAUUGGAGGGGGAGAGAGAGGGAGAAGGGGGGCUAGAGGAGCAGUGCCUUGGGCAGACGAAUUAUGCAUGCACUAGGCGAGCGCUGAGAGAAUGGCUGUGGAAGCUAUCCAUUGCAAUCUGAAUCCUAAUGGCAUUGAUCGUCCUGUCCACACAGAAGAUCUUAACCUGUCACUUGAAGGUGAAGGAGUUGAGUUGCCCUCGCGUAAGAAUGAUAAUACUCGGAAGGUGCUUGAGUCAAAAGGGACACCCAAGAGACAGCAGGUGGAACCAGAAACAUCUAAGUCUGGUACUGUGAAACUGACAAAGCCAGUAGCUCUGUGGACCCAGCAGGAUGUCUGCAAGUGGUUGAAGAAACACUGCCCUAAUCAGUAUCAAAUCUACAGUGAGUCAUUCAAACAGCAUGACAUAACGGGCCGUGCAUUGCUGAGGCUUACUGACAAGAAGCUUGAACGAAUGGGGAUUGCCCAGGAGAGCCUACGACAGCACAUUUUGCAGCAGGUGCUUCAGCUGAAAGUGAGAGAAGAAGUCCGAAAUCUACAAUUACUUACACAAGGUGAUACAGCAACUGCUCAUGAAAGGUUGGAAUUAGCAGUGAAAUGGUAUAUAAAUGCACAAGACAAAGAUGACAAAUAAUAAGAGAUUCUCCAGCUGCUUGUGCAAAUCCACCUAAUAUUUACCUUAUAGCAAUCUCCCCUUUCCUAUGUUGAAAAAGUAAAUUAUUUGUCACAGUGUCCUCCUGAACUCCCCCUAUGUAACUUAAUUUUCUCUGCUGGGCUUGUUUCUGAAAGCUCUCUCUUUUGAUUGCUGUCCCCAUCUGAGAUAUUUCAGGCUAAUGAGAAAGUGUGGUUGUUUUUACCUCAGAAGUGAUAUUUCUUUUCUAUGGAAGAAUUUCACACAAUUGAAUGCAAAUAGAAAUCUGAGCAGAUAUCUCUGCUAAGCUGCUUUUAAAAAACAGAAUUAGCCUAGUAAAGAACUUGCAAGUAUAAGCUGUGCAUUCUGUGAGCAUAGCCUGAUUGUGAAGUUUUGUUAAAAUGUUCUCUGUCUGUGCGUAUUUGCAAAAAUAGCAACUUAAGGAAUCAUAGAGCUGUUGGGCUUUUCACAACAGAAACUGUUACAAGACUGAACACAGCAAUUUCCCCUUCCCUGCCCUAAAUACACUAGAAAAUGAUCACAAAUGUAGGGCCCCAUCCUGCAAACACUAAUUAAUGUGUGCAGUACUUACUGUGGUGGGUGGCUCCAUUAAAGGCAUAGGCACUGUUGCCAUAGUAAGCACUACACCUAGUAGUAAAUGCUAGCAGGAUUGACUUCCAUGUCAUGGUUACAAAUGAAAAUACAGUACAGGUUUUCUACUGUAAUAACUGUAUUAUGGGGAAUCCAAACAAGAGUUGUGCUGGCCAUUUUCCAAGAGCCAGAGGGCCAUGUUUAAUUGCAUAAAAUGUAUCAUGCUUAAGUGCCUCAUCUUUAAUAUGAGAUACACCCUCCUAUACAGAGACUACAGGUCUACUCAGAUGAAGAUGGAACACUGCAUGCUGAGUUCUGGCAGUACAGGCUGUAUUAUAGAACUCAGUGUUUGGACACUGGAUUACGCUUCGCCAACUCCUGAUUAACUAAAACUAUAUUGAACUGCUUACAAAUUUAAGGGAUAAUAAAUAAUAAUUUUUUCUGGCAUAUCUGGAGAUAGCUACCUGCUGAGGAAGAAAUAAAUAAAUUGGCAGUCUGCCAGGAGAAAAAAAUAUGUAAGUCUUGCAUAAUGGUAAAUUUUGAUUUUAAGCAAGAAGAUUCCUGUAUUAUGUAAUUAUCUUUUUGUGUGCCCAUCUCUGUGGCAUCUGGGCACAUGACCUAUGUUAACAUCAACAUGUUAAAGUAUAUUACCCACAGCAGAUUCAAUGGCAAUGCCUACUGGAAGUUCCAUGUCAGCAUUUUAGUUUGUCAAUAUCUUAACUAAACAGACACCAUUUUAGGUUGAUCUCAUAAACUUACAGUAUAGCAUUUUAAUGUCUAAGUAUAUGGAAAGGUUUUUAUUGAUAGCUCUACCACUUUAAAUUGUAUUUUUAAGGUAGAAAUGCUCUCUAAUCUUCCUGAUAUUGUUCAGAUUGUACCUGGAAAAUGCUUAACUGCCCUGCACUUUUGAUAAGUUUAUUAACUAUUAGCUUGGAGGAAAAAAUAAAUGAGGAAGUGGGAGACAUUUUGAAGAUGGUGACCAGCUUUAUUAAUCAUUAAUAUUUAUUACUGCAGCACUUAAUGGCUCAGCUGACAACAGGUGCAAUACAUGCAUAUAGUAAAAGGUAAUUGCUGUGCCAAAGAGCUAGCAGUCUAAAGAAGACAAACAGGUGAAAGGAAGGAAGUAUGACUGUAGAACCUCUGAGUUACGAACAUCAGAAUUACAAACUCACCAGUCAACCAUACACCUCAUUUGGAACCAGAAAUACACAAUCAAGAUGCACCAGAGACCAAAAAAAAAAAAAAAAAAAAGCAAAUACAGUACUGUGUUAAACAUAAACUACUAAAAAAAUAAAAGAAAGGGAAAGCAGAAUUUUUUUUUCUUCAUAGUCAAGUUUCAAAGCUGUAUUAAGACAAUGUUCUAAUCUAUUGUAAACUUUUGAAGGAACAGCCAUAAUGUUUUGUUCAGAGUUAUGAACCAACCUCCAUUCCGGAGGUGUUCGUAACUCUGAGGUUCUACUGUAUCUCCAUGCUAUCAGCUGAGGAAUGAAGUGAUAUAGGAAGUCUGUGACAGAGCCAUGAGUUGAAUCCCCAAUCCAGUGCCUUAGCCAUGGGACCAUCCUUCCUCUCUGAGGAAAAUUCCUUUCGUAAUAUUUUUCAGAUUGUACUUGGUAAUGGCUUAAUUGCUCUGCAUUAUUGAGAGCAAUAUGUUGGUUAAGCAUCUCUGUGGGCAAAAUUCAGAGAAGUGUUGAAUACCCACAUCCUCCUUUGAAGUCAGUACCUCUCAGGACCCUACAUUGGUGCUCUUUUCAAGAGCACUAACAAGGCCUGUUAGUGUUUCUUUUUCAAUCUGUCAGUUAGGUGAAGACCUGGAGUAGAUGUGAUUUAUUAGCUAGCUCCAAGACAGAUAGCAUCACAAAUCUCAUCCAGGCUCCAGCAGUUGAAGUUGCCAGAGCUUUGUAGUUUGCCACAUGAAAUCCACAUAAAUCUGACUAGAUUUUUCUGGUUAAUUUUACUAAAUGAAAUUGCUGAAGUGACUGUCGUGGAGUGAUUAACAAAGUCUGUAAAUCUGAAGUAUAAAGGGGACGGGGAAUGAAUCAAUACUACUGUAUUUGUGAAACAGAACAAAAUAAAACUUAAACUAUGAUAUAGCCCAAUCUAAAAUAAUUGCUCUUUGUCACCAGCAUUGCCAUAUUGUUUGCGCUGUAACAAUGAGAGAUCCAUUUCAUUUUUCUGAUAUGCUCUGCCAUUAGUUAUCUCGUGAGUUCUAAGGAAGGAUAGUAAUGGGGGUGUGUGUGUGCAUAUGCAUCUGGUAUUUAUAGAAGACUUUUAAUGGUGCUAAAAACUGAUUUGCUCAGCGUUCCUCAAAGCUGCAGUGGUGUUUUUUGUUAGUAAUCCUAUAAGGAGGGUUGGCGGUUUCCAAAGUAAUUAGAACCUUAGAGCAAAUAAACA